GAGGCUUAGAGGGACCUCAGGUUAGGUUGGCCACUAGUAUUGCCUCAGAGAGAAUCCUCCAAACAACCAAGAGCUUCUAUUCAUGAACAGUUUUGAUUCCUUCCUUAUUCUAACGCACCUUCAUGUCUGCGGCUCCUUCUCUGGCUCUGACCACUCUUUUCCGGUCAAAUCUCCAGGAUUAAUUGAAGGAGCUAAUCAUUUCCACUGGGCUAAUUUGGAGGCCAUUUUAAUAGCUGUUAUAGGCUUAGGCUAGGCAACGCAUUGUUGUGCGAGACCUGUGAGGUUGCCUUUUUUUCUAUUUAUUUAUUUAUUUGUUUGUUAAUUUUUUAUUUGAACCUGCAGACUCCUCAAGAUGAAGGACCGACUGGCACAGCUGAAGGAGAAGAGUGAUGGUGGAAGCGAUGACAUUGAGGUUCCUGUGGAAAAUGAGGGUUUUAUGGAUGAUUUCUUUACUCAGAUUGAAGAUAUCCGUAUCAGCAUUGACAAAAUCGACGAGAGCGUAACAGAAAUCAAAAAACUCUACUCCACCAUCUUGUCGGCCCCCACAUCUGACCAGAAAACACAAGAUGACGUUGAAGCCCUCACCAAUGAGAUCAAGAAAUCAGCCAAUAACGCAAGAAACAAACUUAAAAGUAUUGAGCGCCAGCUUGAGUCCAACACAGAUGAGAGGACCUCAGCCGACCUCAGGAUACGCAAAUCACAGCAUGCUAUCCUGGCCAAGAAGUUUGUAGAGGUGAUGACAAAAUACAACGAGGCUCAAGUGGACUUCAGAGAUAAGAGCAAAGGACGAAUCGCCAGACAGCUGGAAAUCACGGGGAAAGCAACGACUGACGAGGAACUGGACGAGAUGCUGGAGGGAGGCAACUCAGCUGUCUUUACUGCCGGGAUCAUGGACUCUAAGAUCAACCAGCAGGCCCUGAAUGAGAUCGAGGCUCGUCACAAAGACAUUAUGAGGCUGGAAAGCAGCAUCAAAGAGCUCCAUGACAUGUUUGUUGAUAUCGCCAUGCUGGUUGAGAAUCAGGGUGGCAUGAUUGACAGAAUUGAGAGCAACAUGGAUCAGUCAGUGGGCUUUGUAGAGAGGGCAGUGGCCGACACCAAAAAGGCAGCCAAAUUCCAGCAGGAGGCGCGCAGGAAACAAAUGAUGAUCUUCUGCUGCUGUGUGAUUUUGGCCUUGGUACUCGGUUCAUUUGUCUACAGCUUCUUCAAAUAGAAAACCAGAAUGAGGCCACCCCGCAGCUCAGUCCACACAGUACAGGAUGAGGCAGAGCAGAGCUACUUGCCGAGGAUCACAAAAUAGAGCCUGGGCUCUGUUUACUGUCAUUUCAACUAA